AUGAUCGCAAAUUCUUUAUUAAAAAGAUUAUUUGGCCAAAGGAAAAUAACCAACCAGUCAGCAAUACACAUAAAAACUGUAUUAGAUACAACGACGGAGUGUAUAAGCAGUUUGCGUAAUUUGCACCUAAGCACUGACUCUUGGGAUCCAGUGAUUAUAUUUUUGGUUAGUCAAAAAUUGGACCCGGAGUCACAAAAGGACUGGGAAGAGCACGCGUACAAAGAAAACUCUGAUGAGAUGCCAACUUGGGAAGAAAUGAAGAAAUUCUUAGAAUCGAAGUUUCGGACGUUAGAACUCAUCGCACCUACGACAAGCACGCAGAAGCAAUCAAUUCAAAGGUCGUACCAUGUCAAAACUGAAGAAGGCGAUGUAUACGAAUCCGCCCAUUUUAUAGCAAAUACAUCCCAAAUUUGUACAUACUGUAAUGCUAGUGAUCAUUAUAUUCAAAAUUGUAAUCCUUUCAUCAAAGAGCCUGUAGAAGAGCGUCACUGUUUUGUGAAAAGAAACAACCUUUGCUUUAACUGCUUGAUCCCAAACCACAGCGUAUUUCUGUGCAAAAACAAAACAAGAUGUCGAGUAUGCCGAAGGAAGCACCACACGCUCUUACAUCAAAUUUCUGAACAAAAAGAAGAAGAAACACAAAAAAAAGAAGAUAAAGAAGACGAAACACACCCAGAACACAAAAUUACAAAUGCACACUUCUCAAAAGAACAACAAGGUCAUAAGGUGUUAUUGGCUACGGCACAGGUACAGAUUAGAGCCCAAAAUGGGGAAAAACACACUCUUCGUGCUCUUAUUGAUCAAGGGUCUGAGGCUUCAUUUGUGUCUGCGAGAACCGUUGAAUUAUUAGGCCUGUCAAGAUUGAAAAUUAACGGUAUAGUCUCUGGAGUGGGAGAAGGAACCCAGAUAGCCAUCAAGCAUUUAGUUAAUCUGUCGGUUUUGUCCCGGUUCUGUGAAGAUAAAGAGAUUCGAGUUAAAGCUUAUGUAUUAAAAACAAUAUCUACAAUGUUACCUUCGAAGCACAUCACAAUGAACUGGGCAGAACUACAAAAACUGCAAUUGGCCGAUCCUACAUAUAGUACGCCAAGUAGAGUUGACAUAUUGCUCGGCGCUGACGUAUUUUCUAAAAUUAUAGAAGAGGGUUUGGUGAAGAUGCCUGAUGGUGUGGUGGCACAAAAGACUACUUUAGGAUGGAUAUUAUCAGGUCAAAAGGAAGAUAAGCCUAAAACAGAUAAUAAAUUUAUUACAAUGCAUGUUACAAGUAUGGUCCGUGAAGACAAUGACCUUUUAAGGCAGUUCUGGGAAAUAGAGACAGAAUCUUACAAGAAAAAGAAAUUUUUAACAAAGGAAGAGGAAGAAUGUGAAAGAAUAUAUAAAAAUACAACUAUAAGAGAAGAAAAUGGAAGAUAUACAGUCCACUUACCUUUAAAACAAAACAUUGAAGAAACAGUUAAUUUAUGCGGUGAUACAAAGCAACAAGCUGUAGUUAGAUUCAAACAACUAGAGAAAAAAUUUGAAAGGGAUGAGAAUCUGAAAAAAGAGUACACUAAAGUUAUUAAAGAAUAUCAAGAGAUGGGUCAUAUGAAGAUGUCAGAUACACCGGAUAACAAACUGGCUAUCUACUUGCCACACCACGCCAUAAUACGGGAAGAUAAAGAUACCUCAAGGGUCCGUGAUGUGUACGAUGCGUCUGCCAAGGGGACAAAGGGUCGAUCUCUAAAUGACAACAUGAUGGUUGGACCUGUUUUGCAACCUGACUUUCGUAGCUUGAUUAUUUCAUGGAGAAAACAUAAAAUAUGUGUCGUGGGCGAUAUAGUAAAAAUGUAUAGAAUGAUUAACAUGACCGAAAACCACACUAAUUUACAACGUAUCGUUUGGCGAGAUAGCAAAGACGAAGACCUGACUAGUUACAAAUUGACAACGGUGUCAUUCGGCACAGCCGCAGCACCCUUUUUAAGUGUCCGAACAUUAAAUCAGCUAGCCGAUGAUGAAGAACACGAAUUCCCCGAAACAGCACCUGUAAUAAAACAAGCAUUUUACAUGGAUGAUUUAAUGGCUGGACGUGAAAAUAUAGAAUCAACCAAGAAAAUGUGUAAUGAAAUAAACACAAUACUACGAAGGGGUGGGUUUGAGAUGCAAAAAUGGUCAAGUAAUUCGGAUGAAGUUUUAGACUUCUUAAAACGAGGAGAUAACACUACAAAGGAUAAAAUAGAAAUAAAAUUAGAUAAAUUUAUAAAGAUUCUUGGAUUGAAUUGGGACAAAAAAGAUGACGCAUUUAGAAUAACAGUAAACUUACCUGAAAUGCGAAGUCCUAUAACGAAGAGAUCCAUUUUGUCCGACGUCGCCCGCUUGUUUGACCCGUUCGGAUGGCUUGCACCAGUAAUUGUAAUGGCUAAAGUUUUAAUCCAAAAAUUGUGGCUCUGCAGUUUAGGUUGGGACGAUGAACUACCCGUAGAAUUGAGAGAAGAAUGGAUGAAGUAUAGAGGAGAGUUAAUACAUCUGCAACACCUAAAGAUACCGCGAUGGUUGAAGACAACAAACAAUAAUAAGGACGUACAAAUACACGGUUUUGCAGAUGCAUCCACUCAGGCAUACGCUGCUGUUGUUUAUUUGAGAAUUGUUGAGACUUCUACCAAUGAUACCGAAGGACAUGAUGUGGUACACGUAACAAUGAUUGCAUCGCGUACUAAGAUUGCUCCUUUAAAGCAGUUGUCAGUACCAAGGUUAGAACUUUGUGCUGCAGUAUUACUCGCACAGCUUAUAAGCGACCUUGAAGAAUUGUUAAGUGUUCCUAAGGAAAAGAUUUUUGCAUGGACAGAUUCGAUGGUAGUGCUGUCUUGGUUACAAUCACACCCUAGUCGUUGGCAAGCAUUUGUAGCCAACAGAGUCGCCGAUAUCACACAAAUAUUAGGUAACGGUAACUGGAGACACGUCCAAACUGCUGACAAUCCCGCUGAUAUUGCAACAAGGGGGAUACAUGCGAUUGACCUGGCUGAUUUGAAGCAUUGGUGGACUGGACCUGAAUGGUUGCAUACUAAAGAACUCGAAAUCAACAGUUGCGAUAUACCACAGACUUACAUAGAAAUUAAGAAAUCGGUUUUCCAUGCUAUGGUUGAAGAAAUGCCAAUAUGGGAAAAAUUUUCAGAUAUAUUAAAAAUGAAACGCGUAUUAGCUUACUGCCGAAGAAUGUUAAAGGAUAAGAAAACACCUGCAAAACCAAGACAUUUAAUUCCGGAAGAAUUAGAUAAAAUUUUAGAAAACUGCAUAAAAUAUUAUCAAUAUUUAGUUUAUGGAAAGGAAAUCGAACAUCUAAAAAGGGACGGAAGAGUUAAGAUAAGAAGUUCGCUGAUUACAUAUGCACCUUAUUUAGACGAGAAAGGAUUAAUAAGAGUAGGAGGAAGGCUACAAAAUUCAUCAGUGGCGGAGACAAGUAAGCAUCCAAUUAUUAUACCGUCUCAUCAGCAUAUUACUAAACUAUUAAUAAGAGAAGCGCACAUUAAAACAUUUCAUGGUGGAAUACAGCUCAUGAUGGCUUACCUUAGAACCAAAUAUUGGAUCAUUAGCUUAAAAUCAGCUGUAAAGAAAUACAAUCGUAGCUGCAAAACUUGCAUUAUUGAUAAAGCGAAGACAAAAUCUCAAUUUAUGGGUCAGUUACCAGCUAUGAGAGUUAACCCAAACAGAGCGUUUCUAAACAGUGGCGUUGACUAUGCUGGACCUGUUUUUAUUCGAACAUCUAAAGGCCGCGGACAUCACGCCACCAAGGGCUAUAUAUGUUUGUUUGUUUGUAUGUCUACGCGUGCCAUACACCUUGAAGUAGUCACAGAUCUAUCUGCACAAGCAUUUAUAGCAGCAUUUCGACGAUUUGUUGCACGUAGAGGCCACUGUUCAAAUUUGUGGAGUGACAACGGAACUAAUUUUGUCGGCGCUGCUAAAGAAUUAAAGGAGAUCUUUCAAAAGGGAAAGAACGAUCUGACAGAAGAAGUUGCCGCACUCUUAGCCAAUGAUGGAACAAAGGCACAUUUUAUACCGCCAAGAAUGCCUUCAUAUGGAGGCUUAUGGGAAGCCGGAGUUCAAUCAGCAAAACGUCAUCUAGCAAGAGUGAACAAAGAUACCAGAUUAACAUAUGAAGAGAUGUCUACCCUCUUGACGCAGAUAGAAGCUUGUCUCAACUCUCGUCCGCUCUGCUUGAUAGACAACACUUCUGAGACACCAUUAACGCCGGGUCAUUUUCUAGUCGGCGAGCCUCUUAUCAGUGUCCCCGACCUAAACUAUACGAACAAAAAUAUUAGUGCUCUUACUAGAUGGCAGCUCGUACAAAAGAUGACACAACAUUUUUGGCACAGGUGGCAGACUGAAUAUCUCAACACUAUGCAACAAAGAUAUAAAUGGCAGGUUGCAGUUCCGUCACCUAAAGUAGGAGAUAUUGUCAUUAUUAAAGAUGAAAAUACACCCCCUACCAAAUGGUUACUAGGUAGAAUCAAAUACCUGCAUCCUGGAUCAGAUAAUCUCGUAAGAGUAGUCACCGUCGAAUGCAAAGGCAAUAAAGAAUUAAAAAGACCCCUAUCUAAGAUUAUACUACUCCCGACCGAACCUGAGAAUUAA